CGCAAUUUUUUCCAACGAUAAAGGAAAAGGAAAGAAACGGCUUUGAAUUUUAGACAGAGCAGGACGCGGCACUGACGGCAGCUGCAGGAGUUUCAAGUCUCGCUUGCAAAUCUUGCCUAGAUUAAUGGCGCAAUGAAAGUUUAGUCUGCGCUUUACGCGUCAGAUAUUUUCUGUCCUCUUGCUCCUUGCCCUGGUUUAUUUCCAAAAAAGCCGGUGAUUCACCCUGUGACUUUCCUUCAGUGACCACCUCCGCACUCCCAUUCCACACCAUUAUGCAUUCGGGUCUCUCCCUGCUUCCGCACCACCACAGAAAACUUCUGAAGAGUUAUCUGUUGUUUGCGGAAUCAAUCCGGAUGAAUUGAAGCUUUUUCUUUGGGGCUUUUGGAAGCAACCCAGACGGUUUGAAGAGAUUGCUAUUUGUUGAUGUGAACCCAAUUUCCAGUCUUUUUUUUUUUUUUGUGCUCUCUUGCCCCCAUGUCUAUGUCGAAGUUCGAGACGUUUCUUUUUUGUGCAUUGUCUUUGGUAUCCUCUGGAGGUUUGGCUGUGUCUUCAAGCGACAGUAGCAGCAGCAGUACAAGGGAACUUGAUCAGACACCAACAUGGGCUGUUUCAGCAGUGUGCACUGUUUUCAUCUUAAUAUCCAUAACCUUAGAGAAGAGUCUUCACAAAAUAGGAUCGUGGUUGGGAGAAAGGCAAAAGAAAGCUCUGCUUGAAGCUUUGGAAAAGGUCAAAGCUGAGCUGAUGAUUUUAGGUUUUAUUUCAUUGCUCCUGAAUUUCGGGCAGAGCUACAUUGUCAGAAUAUGUAUUUCUCAAAAGCUUGCUGACAAAAUGUUGCCAUGUGCAUCUGAUGGUACCAAUGAUUCUUCUCGUAGAAAACUUCUGUCUCACGAUCGUAGAUAUUUAGCUGAUACUAGCUCUUCCCAAUGCAAGGAGGGAUAUGAGCCACUUAUAUCUGCUAACGGAUUGCACCAGUUACAUAUCCUUAUAUUCUUCUUAGCAGUCUUUCAUGUGUUAUACAGUGCUGUCACAAUGUUACUCGGGAGAUUACAGAUUCGUGGCUGGAAAGCAUGGGAGGAGGAAACUUCAUCUCAUCGCUAUGAGUUUUCCCAUGAUCCUUCAAGAUUCAGGCUUACUCAUGAAACUUCAUUUGUCAGAGCUCACUCCAGUUUUUGGACUAGGAUUCCUAUCUUUUUCUAUGUUGGGUGCUUCUUUCGCCAGUUUUAUAGAUCUGUGGGCAAGGCUGACUACCUGACUCUGCGCAAUGGAUUUAUAACUGCCCACCUUUCUCCUGGAAGUAAAUUUAACUUCCAAAAGUAUAUCAAAAGAUCAUUGGAAGAUGACUUCAAGAUAGUAAUGGGAGUAAGUCCUGUCCUGUGGGCAUCGUUUGUAGUCUUCCUACUCCUGAAUGUUAACGGAUGGCGAACAUUGUUGUGGGCAUCCUUGCUUCCUGUCAUCAUAAUCCUGGCUGUUGGAACAAAACUUCAAGCGACAUUGACGAGGAUGGCUCUUGAAAUCACUGACAGGCAUGCAGUUGUCCAAGGGAUGCCUCUCGUUCAAGGCUCAGACAAAUAUUUUUGGUUUGGGAGGCCCCAAUUAGUUCUUUAUCUCAUUCAUUUUGCUUUGUUCCAGAAUGCGUUCCAGAUAACAUAUUUCUUGUGGAUAUGGUAUUCUUUUGGGCUGCACAAUUGUUUCCAUGCUGACUACAAGCUUGCAAUAAUCAAAGUAGCUUUAGGAAUUGCAGUGCUAUGCUUGUGCAGCUACAUUACUCUUCCAUUACACGCCCUCGUGACCCAGAUGGGUUCGAGGAUGAAGAAAUCGAUAUUUGACGAGCAAACAUCCAAGGCGUUGAAGAAAUGGCACAAUGCCGUGAAGAAGAGGAGGGAGGAAAAACUAGGGAAGUCCAGCAUCCGCAAUCUGGAUGGAGGGAGAAGUGCGGGUACGGGUUCCUCCAAGCCAUCUUCGGGACCUGCAUUGCACCGUUUCAAAACUACGGGUCACUCGACCCGCUCCUCCACCUUUGUGGAGGACGAAGAUGGAACAGAUCUCAAUGUCGAACACGAAUCCUUGUCUCCCAUGGUGGCAACCACUGACUUGACUAUAAGGGUGGAUCAUCAAUCACAUGAAAAUGAGCCCCACAGUGCAGAGGGCGACUUGUCAUUUGGCAAGUCGGAAACUGUGGAAGUGACCCCGAAAUAGCAGCACGAGUUGCUCCAGUCAACUAACUGCAAUGGAAUCCAUGUUAUAUUUUUUAUACAUACUCCCUGAGUAUGGGGAACUUUGAACGAGAUAAUAGUUAUGUUAUGUGAAACCCUAGUGUUUGUCAAGAA